AUGAGAUCCAUCAAGAACGCCCAUAGGCGUCUCCCCUUCCGCCCAGCAUCGAGAGCCCUACUCUCCUCGUCUACAUCCACAUCCACAUCUUCCUCCCAACCUCCAAACUCAAAUAUCACACCAUUUACAUCCGUAAUAAUAGCCAACCGAGGAGAGAUCGCCCUCCGCGUCCAACGCACCGCAUCCAGGCUCGGCAUCCGUACAACAACCCUCUACACGGAGGUCGACCGAAACGCCCAGCACACUACAGCCACCCCUUAUUCCCUCUCCCUGCCCAACUACCUGGAUGGCGACCGCAUCAUCGCCCUUGCAAAGCAGCAUGGUAUCCAGGCUCUCCACCCAGGCUAUGGCUUCCUCUCGGAGAACGCCACCUUUGCCCAGAAGUGCCACGACGCGGGCAUCGUCUUUGUCGGCCCUCCUGCCUCCGCCAUGGCUGACAUGGGCGACAAGGCCCGCUCAAAGGAGAUCAUGACCGCCGCCGGUGUGCCCUGCGUCCCGGGCUACCACGGCUCCGAGCAAGCCAUCGACGCGCUGCAGGUUCACGCCGUCGACAUAGGCUUCCCUGUGCUUCUCAAGAGCGUCAAGGGGGGGGGCGGCAAGGGCAUGCGCAUCGUCGCCUCCGAGGCCGAGUUCCCCGCCCAGCUAGCCUCCGCACGCGCCGAGGCUCGCGCCAGCUUCGGCGAGGGCGGUGAGGUCAUGCUGGUGGAGAAGUACGUCGUGCGCCCACGCCACGUCGAGGUCCAGGUCUUUGCCGACAAGCUGGGCAACUGCGUCGCCCUCGGCGAGCGUGACUGCUCCGUGCAGAGGCGACACCAGAAGAUCCUCGAGGAGAGCCCCGCCCCAUUGCUGGACGAUGCCACGCGCAAGGAUCUCUGGGACAAGGCGAGGACCGCUGCCCUGGCCGUCGGCUACGUCGGUGCCGGCACUGUCGAGUUCAUUCUGGACAGGGACAGCGGCCGCUUCUAUUUCAUGGAGAUGAACACCAGGCUACAGGUGGAGCAUCCCGUCAGCGAGAUGGUCACCGGCACCGACCUAGUCGAGUGGCAGUUCCGCGUCGCUGCGGGGGAGAAGCUGCCUCUGACCCAGGACGAGAUUGAGGCGAGGAUCGAGGAGAGAGGUGCCGCUAUCGAGGCAAGGAUAUACGCCGAGAGCCCUGAGAAGGAGUUUAUGCCCGACUCGGGCAAGCUGGUGCAUCUCGUCACACCCAAGACGGACGAGGACGUCCGAAUUGACGCCGGCUUCAUCGAGGGCGACACCGUGUCCUCGGCCUAUGAUGGCAUGAUCGCGAAGCUUAUUGUACGCGGCAAGGACCGCGAGACGGCGAUACGUAAACUGGAGCUGGCGCUCCGUGAGUACGAAGUGGUUGGUCUCAGCACGAACAUCGAGUUUCUGAAGAGGCUCUGCAGGAGUCAGGCCUUCAUCGACGGAGAUGUCGAGACAGGGUUUAUCAAGAAGCACGGAGACGAUUUAUUUAGGCCCAGGCACAUCGACAAUGAGGUCUUUGUCCAGGCUGCCCUCGGACUGCUUACAGCACAGCUCCAGAGCGAUACGUCAAGGUCGGGCGCGCACGGCGAGGUCCUUGGGUUCGGGUCCGGGAGUGCCUCGUCAGGCGAACGGAACUACGCCUUCAAGUCCAUUGACAACUACAGCUCAGAAGAAGGCGAGAUCGUCCAGGCAAGCAUCACACAGCUGGGCAACAACCUCUUCAGAGCGACUGUAUCGCGCAAGGGCCAGGACCAACCACAAGUCUUCGAAGAUCUCGUCUGCGAGCCCAUCAUCUCUUCUACUACACCAACCAACCCAUCAAAGACAGGCGUACGGACCUUCUUCCCUCUUGAGAGGCUGGACACCACCGUCGUGUCGGACCCGACCAACGCACACAAGCUCAGCGUCUUUCAGCACGGCCUCAAGACGGAGCUCCUGCUGCAGCAGCCGUCGUGGUACGAGAAAGCUCUGGGCCUGCAGGAAGCCGCCGCCUCGGUGGUAGCACCGAUGCCGUGCAAGAUCCUCAGGAACGAGGUCGCCGAGGGCGAGAGCGUCGAGAAGGGAGCGCCGCUGGUUGUGAUCGAAUCAAUGAAGAUGGAGACGGUAAUCCGGUCACCGCAGAGCGGCAUAGUCAAGAAACUGGCGCAUAAGGAAGGUGACAUCUGCAAGGCCGGCACCGUCCUAGUCCUGUUUGAGGAAUCCGAAGGGAAUGACGAGACCUCACCUUAA